GAAGUCAGUCCCKGCAAAGAGCUGUUCUCUCAGUGCACAAAAUAGAUCUGUCCUUGACCACCUCAGUGGGGAACCAUUCCAAGAAUACCUAAACAGCAUGUACUUCGACAGGUUUCUGCAGUGGAAGUGGCUGGAAAGGCAACCAGUAACGAAAAACACGUUCAGGCAGUACAGGGUACUAGGGAAAGGUGGCUUUGGGGAGGUCUGCGCCUGCCAAGUCCGAGCAACAGGGAAGAUGUAUGCCUGCAAAAGAUUAGAGAAGAAGAGAAUAAAAAAGAGGAAAGGCGAAUCCAUGGCACUAAAUGAAAAGCAGAUUUUGGAAAAAGUCAAUAGCCAGUUCGUAGUCAAUUUAGCCUAUGCCUAUGAAACAAAGGAUGCACUGUGCUUAGUUCUGACCAUAAUGAAUGGAGGUGACUUGAAGUUUCAUAUCUACAACAUGGGAAACCCAGGCUUUGAGGAAGAACGAGCUUUGUUUUAUGCAGCAGAGAUCCUUUGUGGCUUAGAAGACCUACACAGAGAAAACACUGUGUACAGAGAUUUGAAGCCGGAAAAUAUCCUGCUGGAUGAUUAUGGUCACAUUAGAAUAUCAGAUUUGGGUCUAGCUGUUAAAAUUCCUGAGGGCGAAUCAAUCCGCGGAAGGGUAGGAACAGUUGGGUAUAUGGCCCCAGAAGUGUUGAACAACCAGAGAUACACACUGAGCCCGGACUACUGGGGGCUAGGCUGUCUCAUCUAUGAAAUGAUUGCUGGGCAAUCACCAUUUCGUGGAAGGAAGGAGAAGGUGAAGAGGGAAGAGGUGGACAGGAGAGUGCUGGAGACGGAAGAAGUGUAUUCCCAUAAGUUUUCUGAGGAGGCCAAGUCCAUCUGUAAAAUGCUCCUCACCAAGGAUGCGAAGCAGCGGCUGGGGUGUCAAGGGGAAGGUGCAGCAGAGGUGAAGAGACACCCCUUUUUCAAGAGCAUGAAUUUCAAGCGGUUAGAAGCAGGAAUGCUGGAUCCUCCCUUUGUCCCUGAUCCCAGAGCAGUAUAUUGCAAGGACGUGUUAGACAUCGAGCAAUUCUCCACAGUGAAAGGAGUAAACCUGGACCAAACAGAUGAUGAUUUCUAUUCCAAGUUUUCCACAGGAUCAGUCUCUAUUCCAUGGCAAAAUGAGAUGAUAGAAACAGAAUGUUUCAAAGAACUAAAUGUGUUUGGACCAAAUGGUACUAUUUCACCAGACCUAAAUAAAAGCUACCCCCCAGAGCCACCCAAGAAAGGAUUGCUGCAGAGAAUAUUUAAACGACAGCAUCAGAACAAUUCAAAGAGUUCUUCAAAUUCAAAGGCCAAUUUAAAUCACCACAUAAAUUCAAACCAUGUAAGUUCAAACUCCACUGGAAGCAGCUAGUUCCAACUGGGUUUUAUGAAACAACACAUUGCAUCCUUCCUCUAUGGAGCUUCUACGGAAGAGUGAGCAUCCACCGUUGAGUGGAAAGAAGAAAAAACAAAAAGGAUCUCCCUAAAAUGGAGAUUUUCUAUCCAUCCCUUCCAGUGGAGCCUCACAUUUUAAGAAGACAUUUCCACUCAGGUCUGUUUUUGGAGGUGGCACUCAAGACUGUGUGAAUCAAAUUUGUCUAUUUAGAACAUUGCAAUAGAAAUUCAAUGAACAUGACUACUUGCACGUAUUUAAAUAGCAUCAUGCUAGAACUGAAUUUUGUCUUUAUUAUUUUUAAAGGAAAGUUUUGUAAAUUUCUCUAUUGUCUCAGUUUACAUUUUGUACAUUUGUAUUUAAAUGAAAGUCAGACUUUGGAGGUGUAUAUUUUCCAAGCAGCAGCUGUAAAGCCAUGUGUUUUAAGGCAUUUUUUUAAAAGAAAAAGAAAUGUGACUCAAGACUUCCAGAGCCUCAAAUGAGAAAUUGUUCUUUUUAGCAAAUCUAGAAAAAUAUUCAUAUUCCACUUUACCAGACUGGGUUUUAUUGACAUGCAUUUUUAUGGAACAGUUUAUUCUUAAUUAAUUUACAUCUGUAUAUUUGGUUUACAGCAACACUGCAUACAUUUCUCCAUUAAUUUGUAAUGUCUCGCAUUAAAUGUUAAAAGAUACUGAUAAGGCUUUGAUGCAUUCAAGAAUACUACUUGCUAUGCCUAAGGUGUKUGAUGUUGUGGGACCAGCACAGCUGAGAUUUGCACUUACUUAUGUUGUUAGACCAUCACAAAUUGGUUUGGUUUGAAAGGGAACCCUGUUUUAAGCCCUUUUCCUUCAUUUUUUGUUUUGUUUUGUUUUUGCUGUUUCCAAUGAGAGAAAGAACAAAAUUGUUUGAGAGGUGACAAGGAAGGCAGGUGACCAUUUGUUUUCAAGGACUUGAAACUUGCACCCAUUGAAUUAAGAGCAAAAUUCGAAGUGAUGUCAGUGUUACAGUCAGAAGUUCAAGAAAUUUCCACUGUUGCUUCUAUGUAACAGGUAGCAAGAGAGAAAUUCAAUAGUCUGUUUUGUUCUGACCAUGAGAUUCAUGUCAGUUUUCUAGAGCUGUGCUAUGGAGGCUCCGAAUGGGAUCUGACCUGCUUAUGUCUCAUCGCAUCUACUUUUAUUUUACCCGYCUCCAUUUGUGAGCAGCAGUAGAACCUGUAGGUUGUGUCUGCACUUAGGGUUCUUUUAUGUGUUAAGUGUCAUGUAGAACACACCAUGGCUCAUCCCCUCAAUUAAGUACUCAACUUAAUUGAAUAAAAUGUCAAAUAUGAAAUAAUAGCUCCCACUUUUGGCUCUGUCAUUUGCUGUAGAGGAUCSUGUAACCAAUAUGGAAAAUAUUCUUCCCACUAGUACAAAUAUGAUCAGUCAGAUUCAGGCACCAGAAAUAYGUUCUUCUGAAGCAGACUAGUAUCUGUUAUUAAGAGUGCCAGAUCAGAUAUAAAAUAUCAUUGCUUCCCUUCAAGUUGAAUUGCAAGAACCGUGUCCCCGAAGUGCAGACCAUGUCUACAUAGUCCAUGUUCUGUAAAACAGGGUAUUUCAACAUGCUCUUUACAAUGUUGCCUAGACUGGACUGAUCAUUUUACACUUUGGGGUCAACAAGGAACAUCUGAUGGUCAUCCUGGUGUGUCUGACAAAGAGAGCAGCUCUCCUUGGCCAUGAGGAAGCACUGUUCCAGCAAAAGUCUGUGUAGACAGAAUUCCUUAGACAAAAUGUCCAUAGAUAUGUUCUCUCUGGCCAGUGCAGAAAGGAAGAUGUGGGUUAGUAGUGUCAAAGCUGUGAUUGAGAAAGUGGUGUGAACUCUUGAAACAGCUCUAGGCAUGUGGGAGGGAAAUAGAACAGGGUUGGAACCGGCAUAAAGCAGAAGACUAAGAAGGGAAACAGGGCACCUCGAUCAGAAGCAAAGAGUGUGAGGAAGAAAGCAUUCAUCAUUCCAGAAGCUUCCAGAUUCCCUGCUCACUGGUAGACAUGCAGAAAAGCUCUGCAAACGUGCGAGAAUGUCACCAGGAAUACAUUCCCCUUCCUCCUGCAGGAAAUCCCUGUGCCCAGUGCAGAUGGUGCUGAGCCGCUCUCCGAUGCCUCAGCUGAUGGCAUUGCAGGUCUUAGGCAAGGUGCAAGAUUGUAGGGAGACAGGAAGAGAGGAACAUUUUGAAUAAUUUUCUCCCUGGACCAGCUAUAAACUAUAAUAGUUUCUGAAGAGAAAUGAAAUAUCACAGCAUAUGCCUAUAUGCAUAUGUCUGUAGAGGCCCAUAUCCUCUGGAUCUGUUCUUGUAGCCUGAAGUAAAGCAACAAGACCCCAAUAGUCAUUUCAGCAUGCUUUGGAUAAGGACAUAUUGCUCUGGGAGG